GUUGUCAAAAAACCAUAGUCAGCACAUAAAUGUUGAUUAAUUUGUAGUAAUAAAAAUCCCUAAAUCAAACCUACCGAGGCCGGGGGGAAAAUUGGAUUUGGUGAUACGUUUUCCGUUGGAAAUGUUAGUGAGAAAGCUAGAGAGAGAAACGGAUACAUAAUAGUCCAUUUAUACAUUUGAUAUAUUCCACACACACACACGCACGCACUGGAAACCUAAUGGUCUAUCGAUUGGGAGUUGAUUUAAUUGGAUGAGUGCGUGGCGUCGGAUUGUUGGUUCAGUUCGAUCGCUCGGUGCUCUUUUUUGAGGUUUUGUGGUGAUCGUGUGAAGAAUGUGGUUUUUGGAGGAUUUGAUUGCAGAAGCUUGAGUUUUUUUGUUUUUUUUUUUUUUGACUUUUGCUUUUGGUUGAUUGAAAUUUGAAUGAGUGUUUGGAGUGGUGUGAAAAGGUGAAGUAGCUUUUGGUUAAGUCUGCAAAAAAUGAGCAGCAACGAGAGGCAAACGGUGAGCGUUCGAGACCUAGUGGAGGAAGCUAAGAAGCGGAUUGUUUUUCUGGUCGUAUGCGUGGUUGGACUUUCAUACCUCAUGUCAUUAACAAGUCCAUCAGUUCUAGUCAACUUGCCAGCUGCUCUAUUUUUAAUAAUCAUACUGCGCUACAUGUCUCUGGAUUUUGAUAUGCGGAGGAAAGCUGCAACUUACAAAGGAAAACAAACAUCUGCAAACAGUUCUUCAGAAAGAAAACCUCUUGAGGGAUCCAGAAUUUUGGCCAAAAGGUCUGACUGGAAGCGUAAGGUGAAUUCCCCUGUUGUUGAGGAUGCAAUUGACCAGUUCACUAGACAUAUUGUCUCAGAGUGGGUGACAGAUCUGUGGUACUCACGCAUAACUCCUGAUAGACAAGGUCCAGAAGAGCUUGUACUGAUCAUGAAUGGUGUACUUGGAGAAAUUUCAAGUCGCAUGAGAAAUAUAAAUCUUAUAGAUCUUCUAACCAGGGAUAUUAUCAAUAUUCUCUGCAUUCGUCUGGAGCUCUUUCGAGAAAGUAAGGCAAAGAUUGAGAAGCAUCAAUCAAAAUUGUUAACUGUUGAAGAGCGAGACAAUGAAUUAAAAACUGUUCUGGCUGCUGAGAACAAAUUGCAUCCGAUUCUAUUUUCUGCUGAAGCGGAGCAUAAGGUUCUCCAGCAUGUCAUGGAUGGUCUCAUUUUACUUACAUUUGAGCCAGAGGAUCUGCGAUGUUCCUUAUUUCGCUAUAUUGUCAGGGAACUCCUUGCCUGUGUUGUAAUGCGACCUGUGAUAAAUUUGGCAAACCCAAGGUUUAUCAAUGAGAGAAUUGAAUCUCUAGUUAUUUCCGCUAGCAAAACUCAUAAUGGAAGUAAGGCAACAAAGACAGCUACAAAGUCUAGAAUAAAUGCAUCUUCGAUGAUUUUACCGGAUCAUAGUUCGGAGUUUCCAGAUCCAUCCGCAAAGGGUGUUGAACUGGUGCAGUUGAAGAAGGAUCAGGAUAAGAAAGCUGGCAACUCAGAUACUAUAAAUGGAACACGUCUUUCUAAGGAUCCACUGCUUUCCAUGGACAUGCGGUCCACUCGUUCUUGGGAUUCUUUGCCAGAUACUCAUAGUGGUGAGGGAAGAGGUAUUCAACGCCACCGCUCCGGAGGAGAAUGGGGAGAUGCACUUGAUGUAAUUUCUCGCAGAAAGACUGAGGCCCUGGCUCCAGAACAUUUUGACAAUAUGUGGACAAAAGGAAGAGACUACAAAAGGAAGGGAGACACAAAUCAGGCUGAUCCUGUACUAGGGAACUCUUUUCUGGGCGUUUCUAAUUCAGUGGAGCGGUCAAAGGUUCUAUCUGAGCAGCAGAAAAAGGACCGAGACAAAAUGGAUAGUACUUUGGAGAAAGAUUUCUCUGAUUCUGGAUGUACCAAAGGCCCAGAGGACGACAAUACAGCUGUGCAUGGUAAGUUAUCAAAUGAAAGUUGCACAUCAAUUUCCUUAAGCAAAGAGGAAGAUCGUAAAAGUGCAGCUGCUGAUGAGUCAGAAUCCUGGAGCAGUAGUUAUACUGAGGAUGAUGAUAGCAGCAGUGUUAUGGGUCUUGACUCACCUGGUGUUAAAGUUUGGGAUGGUAAAUCAAAAAGAAAUUUCAGUCACAUUCAUCAUCCCCUUGAAACUUUUGACAGGCGUAAGAGCAGAAAGCCAAACCAAGGUCAGCUCCAUUCUAAAAGGUUGCACAGAACAAAGUCUUCAAAGAAAAGAUCUAAAUCUAGUAGUCAAAAUGGGCAUGUCUGGCAAGAGGUUGAAAGAACGAGUUUUUUAGUAGGGGACGGGCAGGAUGUGUUAAAUUCUGUCAACGUGAAUGCCAAACCUGGAGACUCCAGUGAGGACUCCGACGCUGAGCUGUUAGGUAGAAUUUGUAGUGGAGACACAACCUCGUCAUCUAUGUCUCUGGCUUCUUUACCUGAAAGUCAAAGUCUGGCUGCUAAUUCAGCAAAAAAUUCAAUAAUUGCUGAUUCCUUUUUCAAGUUAAGAUGCGAGGUAUUGGGUGCCAAUAUUGUGAAGAGUGGAUCUAAAACAUUUGCUGUGUAUUCCAUAUCUGUUACAGAUAUAAAUGGCCACAGUUGGUCUAUCAAAAGAAGAUAUCAACAUUUUGAGGAGUUACAUAGGCGACUUAAAGAGUUUCCUGAAUAUAAUCUCCAUUUGCCACCAAAGCAUUUCCUGUCAACCGGUCUCGAUGUAUUCGUCAUUCAAGAGCGAUGUAAAUUACUUGACCAGUACUUGAAGAAGCUUCUGCAGCUUCCAACUGUUUCCUGCUCCAUUGAAGUUUGGGAUUUCCUUAGUGUCGAUUCACAGAUGUAUAUAUUUUCAGAUUCAUUAUCCAUAAUCGAUACUCUUUCAGCAGACCUAGCUGAAACAGUGCGUGAAAAGAGCAAGGAUAACCGCGAUAAUGUAGGACCAGUCUAUGAUCCGUUAUCCACCAAAAGAGAAACGUUCAGUAAUGGGAACCAGGAUGCUGCAUCAAGAAUCAAGGUUCACCAUGUUCCUAAUGAACCAGGAUUGAAAGCAAAAGGUCAAGCUCUUUCUGCAUCAACAAAGCCUGAAAAAGAAUUCAAAAAAGCUUCAGAGAACCCAAAUAGUGGCUCAGCAAACACCGAGCAAAAGAACAUCCAACCACCCAGAAACUUGGAAAGGACUGUAAACAAAGACCCACAAGAAUCACAAUCUGUUGUGACUGAUAAUAUGUCUGAUUCAACCAUUCCAAGCGAGUGGGUGCCGCCAAAUCUAAGUGUUCCCAUACUGGAUUUGGUUGAUGUCAUUUUACAGCUUAAAGACGGUGGAUGGAUCAGGAGAAAAGCUUUUUGGGUAGCCAAACAAGUUUUACAAUUGGGAAUGGGUGAUGCCUUUGAUGAUUGGUUGAUUGAGAAAAUCCAGCUUCUGCGUAGGGGAUCAGUGGUUGCUUCUGGUAUCAAACGGUUGGAGCAGAUCCUAUGGCCUGAUGGAAUAUUCAUAACAAAACACCCAAGGCGGCAACGACCUUCACCCGACAGUCCAUCUGAAAAUUCGCCUGGUUACCAACCUUCCGCUCCAUAUUCUUCACCUAAAAUAGAAGAUGCCCUGAACUUGGAGGAGAUGCAACAAAAGGAAGCUGAACGACGAGCCAAAUUAGUACAUGAACUGAUGAUUGAUAAGGCACCUGCUGCUAUUGUAGGCCUUGUUGGACGUAAGGAAUAUGAACAAUGUGCAAAGGAUCUCUACUAUUUCAUUCAGUCAGCUGUUUUUAUGAAGCAGCUAUCUUUCGAUCUUCUCGAGCUGUUGCUGUUAUCUGCAUUCCCGGAGCUCGAUUAUAUUUUUCGACAGUUCGACCAGGACAAGCAGAAGUUCGGUGAACUCAAACUGAACUAGGAAAGAUUCAAGAAAAUAGUGAUUUCUUGUUUGAAGAGUUGAUUAGAGUUGUCCAAGAGGCAUGUAUAGUGAUUUAUCUUCAAGUGCAUAGCUGUUCCAGUGAAAAUAUAUAUUUAAUUGUGCAGUGGUUUUGUAUAUUUCUCCCAAGGACAAAAGUCUGCAUUCAUCAUGAACGUUGGUUCAGUGAUACAAUUGAGUACUUCUUCCUCUUGCUGACCUGCGGAAGUGACUUGUAAUUGCUUUGCGGAAGCUCUAAAGAUGUUUUGUUUGAGGCAGGCUACGCAUUGUUGCCAUACCCUA